AUGCAGAGACCCAACUCUCCUUUAGGUUUUCCUCUGCUGCGGGUUUUUCCUCCAGGAAAAUCAGAAGAUGAGUACACCCUUGCGAGCUUGGGAAGCUCUUGUCUUCAGUUGCCUGCUCCUCGUGACCUAAUUCUGAUCGUGCCGUUGCAGGGCCCACUGUCGUUCAAGGAUGUGGCAGUGGCCUUCACCCGGGAGGAGUGGCAGCAGCUGGACUCUGAGGAGAAGACGACGUACAGGGACGUGAUGCUGGAGAACUACAGCAACCUCGUCUCUGUGGGUGAAAUCUGGGAAGUGAAUGACGCGAUGGAGACAGUCCAGGGAGACAAGCAGAAAGCGUCACGGUCAACUGCUUUCAGAGACAAAAGCCUGGGUGGAAAGACAGGUGCAGUCUGUGGUAAAGCCAUUAGUGUGGAGACCAGGCGUGUCCCCUCACGAAGCGCCAUCCCCAGGUGUGAGUCCUGUGAAGAGAGCAUGGCCGGCGUCUCCGAGUUCAUUCGCAGCGACGGGAGCUAUGCGGAACUGCAGCCCGAUGUGUGUGCCGGGUGUGGGAAGUCCCUCCUCCACGCCAAGCUCGAGAAAACACAUCCAGGAGACGCUUCUUACGAGUUUAGUCAAAAUGAAGACGAGGGCGCUCUGAGAGGAGGAAAUAUUUAUCAGAAAGUGCGUAUGUUGGAGACGCCCUUUGAGUAUGUUGACUGCCAGAAGUCCUUCCCGAAGAGCGCCGUGUGUGUUAGCCGCGCGGACGAGAAGCCCUGCGGCUGGCCUGGAUCUGAGCUCGCUUUCCUCCACGUGGCCGACCUCAGCGUCCACCAGAGCGCCCACAUGGAGAUGAAGCCCUACGAGUGCCACGCGUGUGGGAAGUCCUUCUGUAAAAAGUCCAAAUUCAUCAUCCACCAGAGGACGCACACCGGGGAGAAGCCUUUCAAGUGUGCUCAGUGUGGGAAGUCCUUCUGCCAGAAGGGGACGCUCACCGUCCACCAGAGGACGCACACCGGGGAGAAGCCCUACGAGUGCGCCGAGUGCGGGAAGACCUUCUACCAGAAGCUGCACCUCAUCCAGCACCAGCGCACGCACUCGGGCGAGAAGCCGUACGAGUGCAGCUACUGCGGCAAGGCCUUCUGCCAGAAGACGCACCUGACGCAGCACCAGCGCACGCACUCGGGGGAGCGGCCCUACGUGUGCCACGACUGCGGCAAGACGUUCUCCCAGAAGUCGGCGCUGAACGACCACCAGAAGAUCCACACGGGCGUGAAGCUCUACAAGUGCAGCGAGUGCGGGAAGUGCUUCUGCCGCAAGUCCACGCUCACCACGCACACGCGGACGCACACCGGGGAGAAGCCCUACGAGUGCAACGAGUGCGGCAAGUUCUUCUCCCGGCUGUCCUACCUCACGGUGCACUACAGGACGCACUCGGGCGAGAAGCCCUACGAGUGCCGCGAGUGCGGGAAGACCUUCUACCUGAACUCGGCCCUCAUGCGGCAUCAGAGGGUGCACACGGGCGAGAAGCCGUACGAGUGCCGCGAGUGCGGGAAGCUGUUCUCACAGCUGUCCUACCUCACGGUGCAUCACAGGACGCACUCGGGAGUGAAGCCCUACGAGUGCAGCGAGUGCGGGAAGACCUUCUACCAAAAUUCAGCCCUCUGUCGCCACCGGCGGAUUCACAGAGGGGAGAAGCCGUACGAGUGUUACAUAUGCGGCAAGUUCUUCUCCCAGAUGUCCUACCUCACCAUCCACCACCGGAUCCACUCGGGGGAGAAGCCCUACGAGUGCAGCGAGUGCGGGAAGACCUUCUGCCAGAACUCAGCCCUGAACAGACACCAGCGCACGCACACGGGAGAAAAGGCCUACGAGUGCUACGAGUGUGGCAAGUGCUUUUCUCAGAUGUCGUAUCUCACUAUCCACCACAGGAUCCACUCGGGGGAGAAGCCCUUUGAGUGUACCGAGUGUGGCAAAGCCUUCUCCCGGAUGUCCUACCUCACCGUGCACUACAGGACCCACUCGGGCGAGAAGCCCUAUGAGUGCACAGAGUGCGGGAAGAAGUUCUACCACAAGUCAGCGUUCAACAGCCAUCAGAGAGUCCACAGACGGGGGAGUGGGAGCGUAGUCGACAUGGGGAGGCUGCUGUACAGCCAUUGAGAGGACUGCUGGGUGGAGUCCAGCUGUCAUGC